AUGGCGACCAGGCAGAUACGUGUGCUUGCACCGGCUUCUGCUGUGCGUGUGGUGGGUGCAGCACGUGUCGGUUCGUUCGCACAUGCGGUGUUUGAGCUGGUCAUCAACGCUGUGGAGAGCGGGGCUUCCAAGAUUGCGGUGGCGCUCGAGCCGAGAAGCCUCACGGCGAGCGUGAUCGACAACGGCGGCGGACUGUCGUGUGCCGACGAUAUGGAUCUUGUCUUUGUCCGCUUUGCCACUUCCAAGAAGUCGUCAGAAGUCCGCCCGCGCGGAGGAGCGCUGGCGGCGCUAGCAUCCACGGCAGGGCUUGCUGAGUUUGCCUCGCGCGAGUUUGUUGCUUUCCACGACUUGUUUGCAUGUCUGCCUGUGCGGGCGCAGGCCGGACGAGCGCGGCCGCAGCUGGGCGAGAUUGCGGACUUUGUGCGCCGCCUCGCGAUAGCGCGGCCCGAUGUGGCGUUCUCGGUGUGGGACAAGGGCGCCAAGCAGUAUUUGCUGCCGCCACGGCCGCUGCACACAUCGCCAACGACGUUUUACCUCGGUCGAGCCACUGCCGACAUGCUCUUGCCGCUUCCGGGCGGCGGGAAGGCUGAUGUCAUCGGGCACCCGCGGACGUUUGGCGCGUCGCCGUCGGUCAUGCACGUGUGCAUCAACUCAGUGCCACUCGCGCGCAGCUCGCCGAUCCACAAGCUGCUGCUGGGCAUUGCACGUGGCGUGUGGGCCGAUGCCCAGCUGGUGGCAAGCUGUGGGCUGCCGGUGGCGGCCGGCGACCUCGCCGGAGCUCGCGGGCACCCCGGUCUCAUUUUCUCGCCAAACGGCGCGGCCAAGGCAAGUGCACGAGUGCGAGCUCGGUAUCUGGCUUGCGUGGUAGACAUUGCCAUGCCUGCAGCGUCGCUCGAGCUGCGUCUUCGGCGUGGUGGUGGCGUGGUUGCGGGCGAUGCGCUCGAUGAUGAGCUUGCCUCGUUGGCAGACCGAAUUCAUGUCGUCUACUCGUCACUCUUUGUCGGACGCGCGGCGCUGGAUGCGUUGGCUGAGGUUGUCGCGAGCGCGCUGGCGGCUGCAGUCUCGCGACCGCUGUCACGGGCCAGCCUUGUCGGCCGUGUUGAGCGCGGCGCAAAUUCACCGCCGUCGGUUCGGGAGACGGCGGCGGCGGCGUCGCUCGCGUCAUCGCCGUAUACGCUGCGACGGAUCCGGCCCGAAGCGCCGUCGGCUAGUCAGGCCUCCCGCGAUCUGGCGCGUCUGCUGGCGACGGCAGGCGCGACGCUGGAGAGCGACGACGAUGAAAACUACGCCGCGCCGCCUCCCAAGCUAACUGUGCCGCUCUUCGGAUCGCUGACAACGACCCGGCGGGCGACGCUCGACAAGCUAGCAGAGUCGCGGAGCUCGGCGUCGGCGCGGGUACGGCGGCGUGACAGCAAUGGUGAGAGCGGCAACGCGCGGCCUCGCAAGGUGCCGCGCCUGCUGCGGCACGGGGGGCGGAGCUUGGCGGCUAGCAGUGCGCGCGUGGCGACGCCGGGCGCUGCCGACCGUGUCCGCACGCUCUUUGAAUGUUGGCAACCGCGACAGUUUGGCUCGGCAGUCGAAGGGAGCCAGACAUCCGCCCGUGCGCUGGUGCCUGUCAAGCUGACCAAGGCCGCGCUGAAGAGUGGGCUUGUGGCGGUGGGACAGGCCAACGCCGAGUUUAUCCUCGCGCGGCUGGUCUCGAACGGUUGGCUGGUGGUGGUGGAUCAGCAUGCGGCGCACGAGCGGACGCGGCUGGAGGCGCUCGAGGCCGACGUGGUGCUGGACGCCGGGAUAGUGCCGCGGGUGGCGCGGAUUAUCCACUUGGCGCGGCCGAUGGUGUUUGCGGCGUCGCCGGCCGAGGCGCUGGUGGUGAACGAGGCGCGCGACGCGCUGCACGAGUGGGGCAUCGACGCGCGGGUGCUGGAGACGGUGGUGGAAGUGGCGACGUUGCCGAGCAUUAUCGGCGCGGGUGCGUUGUCGGCGACUGUCUGGGCUGGCGUCGUCUCCUACGCCAAUGCCGUCCUUGAGGCGCGGAGCAGCCGGCUUGUGCCACGGCUGAUCACCCACGCGCUGCACUCGGCUGCGUGCCAUUCGGCGGUCCGGUUCGGCGACGAGCUCGACGUAGGCCAGCAGCAGGCCAUUCUCGACGACUUGAUCGAGUGCGAGUUGCCGUUCCAGUGCGCGCACGGGCGGCCGACCAUGGUCCCGCUGUGGACCGCAGCACGGCCGAGCGGCGACCGGUAG